AUGGAGAUUCCCCCAUCUGGUAAGGCUUUGCUUGGGUACGGCGAAAACCUCAAUAAGGCGCAGUGGCUGUGCGAGGGGACUGUGAUCAGCGAGAGAUUCAUACUGACGGCUGCACGGUGCACUACUGCGGGUACCCUUGGGACUGUAACAUAUGCUUCGCUGGGAGUCAGAAGUAAUGACAGACAUAAGAACACCCACAUUUACAAGAUCAAGAGGGUAUUUAAUCAUCCUAAAUACAACGAGCCGUCGUGGUACCACGACAUAGCACUUCUGCAAACUGAACAAGAGUAUGGCUUACUUUUUUACUUUGUAUGGUUGCUUAGCACAUUAUUACAGUAG